UCUGCAACGUGGACCAUCAGAACAAAGCUGGCUAUACUGCUGUGAUGAUUACUCCCUUGGCUUCCGCAGAGACCGAUGAAGACAUGGCUGUUGUGUGGAAACUCUUAAGAGCAGGAAAUGUGAAUAUCCAAGCUACUCAGGGAGGCCAGACUGCGCUGAUGCUGGGAGUCAGCCACGACCGGGAGGACAUGGUCCAAGCGCUACUGAGCUGCCAGGCAGAUGUCAACCUGCAGGACCACGAUGGAUCGUCGGCCCUCAUGCUGGCCUGUCACCAUGGCAAUGCCGACCUGGUACGGCUGCUCCUGGCACACCCGGCCUGCGACAGCAGCCUGAUUGACAAGGCUGGCCGCACAGCUUUGUCCAUCGUUCUGCAGUCACCCACCCAUGUGGAAAUUGCAGGGCUUCUGCGGGCCCACGCGGAGCAGGGCAGGUCCCUGGGGAUGUAGGGGCUGUGGAAGAACUGGCAGCCGGGAACAAAAGACUCCUUCUCUGGACUCCUCCUUCACCCUUAGAGAGGGCAGAGGUCAUGGCCAGAGGGCCGCCCCUCCAGAGAAGAAACUAUGUCAAAUAUGCACAUACAUUCCUGUUGUGUAAUUCUGCUCAGUAGGAUGCUUUGUAGUUUUUGCCUUAGGCCAAGCCCCCAAACUACGCGGACUUCAGAGCAGGGUGCAGGGUGCAAGGUGUGGGGUGCAUUGGUGUCGUCCAAAAAUCCCAAACAUCUUCAGCCUUGAAUUCCUUGUGACCCUCCCCUUUGUUGCACUGUGUGACAAGCAGGCAGGCAGGAGCACAUUCGCACAAUUAGAAAAGCAAUACUUUUUACGUGGAAUUUUAAAGUACAGUCCUUUUUUUAAAAACUCAAGUAUAUAUAAAUAUGUUCCACUGAAUAUGCAUGUCUAGAGAGGAUGGGAGGGGACUUAAGCAGGCACCCUGUAAACCAUUCUCUAGAAGACACGAGGAGAAUCACCGCACACACAGGAGAAACUGCACAAGCCCCAUUUGGGGCCUUUGUGUAGAUGGGGUUGUCAGAGAAAUCUUAAAUUCAGACAAGGUAUGAGGAAGCGUUUUGGCAUCAACACCAGAUAUAAGUCUUGACUAUUUUCUGAGUCAUCAAGUUACUCCAAUUUGGUCUGGGGAAAUUGGAAUUAAUCAGAAAAUCCAGUCCAACGAAGCAUGCCACAGAGUCCAGUUAUAUCAGCUAUUGUGAACCUGUGAAAGAAACACACGAAUCAGAGCAAGCUUCCUCCUGGGAAUGGGCUGUUGUCAUCCAGAAUCCACCACGCUUCCUCCAUAGCCGCAUCCACAGCCUCAUGGUAAUCCCCGGCACUUCCCUUCAUAGCCCCUAGGAGCAAACGUGCUCGGAGUGUUCUGAGGCUCCUGCCUGCAGAGCCUUCAAGCCUGGGCUGCAGCCAGAGCAUGUGAGACAGGCAGGGCAGGGCAGGGCAGGGCCCUCUCUGCACUGACAUCUCUCUCUACCGGACAAUUCUUUCUUAAGCUUCCAUAUUCUCUGGGGCCGCACGUGCAUGGUUCAUAAUCAUAGCUCACACAAGGUUAUCUAUGAACGUGUUCUUUCUUAAAAUCUCCUAUGCAAAAAAAAAAAAAAAUCCCCCUUAUAUAAAAAGAAGAGACAUCAAAGUUUGGUGAGGCUCACUGGAAACCCAAAAGCUUGAGUUCUUCUUGUGGAUUUUGCUUGGUGCCAAUUUGCUUGGUGCCCCUUGGGUGACUCAGAAGUCUCCUUGGGCCUCAGUUCCAUCAUCUCUAAAAACAGAAACCAUCAUACAACCUACCUCCUGGGGGUGCUGCAGAAGGAACAGCUGAUAGAAGUUUUGGGAUCCAAUUCGUAACCCAUAAAGGCUGUCUACAGAAAUGGUGCAGCAAAUUUCCUUAAGCCGUUGUGAUUCAUGAGAGGCUCAAAGUCCCAGAGCAGGAACAGUGACAUGUGUUGAGACUGCUCAGAGGUACAGAGAAUGGAGCAAAUAAUGAGCUAAAAAUGUUUUAAAUGGGUUUAUUUUGACCUCAAAACAUAACGUAAGAGCAGAAACUUACAUUAAUGUUCUAGCCCAGUGCUUUGCAGACAUUUAUGUGCAUACAAAUCACCUGGGAUCUUGUAAGAAAGUGGCAGGUCUGGGGUGGGGAUUGAGAUUCUGCAUUUGUAACCAGUUCCCAGGGGAUGCUGAUGCUGUUGGGCCAGAGCUACACUUCAAGUAGCAGAGCUCUGGCCUGUCCUUAUUGUUUGUAUAUUAAAAUGCUGCCUCUCAA